AUGCCUACCUUAGCACUUCCCGGUGGUACGUCACCUAGCCUCGGCCGGGCCAUCGUUACGGCUGUCAUAGCCAACCGAUGGACUUCGUCAUGGAAAAUAGUUAUCCUUUCGCGCUCUUCCCAAGCUCCCACUUGGCUGCGUGCAAUCGACCAAGAAUCAACACGUACCACGAUCCGCACUGUCGACUACCUGUCCGUGGAAUCACUUGUGGCUGCCUUGAAGGGUAUACACACUGUCAUAUCCGUUACUUCGGCCAUCGACGGUAGUCAAGCACAGAUCCAGAUCAACAUACUGAAUGCCGCUCUCCGUGCGGGAUGUAAACGCUUCGCUCCAUCCCAGUGGGGUUUCGGACCUAAGGGCUGGGAGAGAGUUUCUACCCUUCGAUGGGGGAACCAUGGCGUGUGGGAUGAAUGCACCAAGCACAAAGGCGAGAUAGAGUGCGCCAAUUUCAACCAUGGAUCUUUCAUGAACUACCUUGGGCAUGGGAUAUAUCCUUUACCCUCUCAACCUGAGUCUGACGAGGCCAUAGCUCUUGCUCAACUAAAGAAAGGAGGAGGAUAUAUUCCUGGUGAGGAUGAAGCGUGCCAAGGACUCCAGAGGCAAGGGCCUCUAAUUGAUCAAUCGGGGGCUUUUCUCAUUGGACUCAGAAACGGUAUCGCAGAGCUUCCCAUCAAAGACGAUGGUCAGUGGCCGCGGAUCACGAUGACCUCUAUGAAAGAUGUGGGCCGGUUUGUCGCUGGUUCUCUCAACUUGCCAAAGUGGGAAGAGAACAUGAGCAUGGUAGGGGACACCCUGACAAUGGGAGAACUUCUGGCGCAUGCCGAAGCUGUGACUGGGAAGAAGUUCAAAGUGGUCACCCUAAAGCGAGAGGACCUCGAGAAGCGACUGGUAAGUCUGGCUCAGGAUGACUUCAUGGGACAGAUGUGGACCGAGUUCAACCUUGCCUAUAUCCGAGACUUAGAGGAUGAGGUGGUCCUACACCCCAUUGUGAAUAGCCUGUGUCCUGAAGUGAAGCCUACGAGCGCGCGGGAGUAUAUGGAAAGGUUUUGGAGUUGUUGA